AUGGAUAUCACCAAGUUUGUCGUCUCUGGACGGGACGCGGCACUCCUGUACGGCGACUAUGCCACCUACCAGACACAGCUGGGCAAGAAGCUCCUGAACUGCAGGAAGAAGCUUGGGAUCGUAACCCGGAACAGGGGGAAAUUCCAAAAGAAGGACGACGUCACUGCCGAGCAGAUUGCGCAGAACCGCGAAUACAUGCAUCUCCUUCUCCUGACUAGCGAAAGAGCCUGGGCCAAUGCCAUGAGCAUCAAGGCUGCGCACUCUGCCGAUACCGACGGGAUCAACAGCCGCACGCGCAAACAUAUUGUUUCACGACUCGAAAAGGCCGCCCGCACCGCUGAGACUCUCGUCGAACUCUUGACCGAGGACCAAGCUGGCGCCGAGAGGGACGACAAGCUCGAGGCCAAGGCGUAUGCUGCCCUGAUCAGGGGCGCCGCAUCCUUCGAGAAGCAGGCCUGGGACCCCAGCGUCAAGGCCUACGCCGUUGCGCGCAUCAUCUACAGCGCCCUGGCCACGGCGGCCAAGGGCGACAUCUACAAGGACCUCCUCUCGGAGACGAUUGACCCGUCCAUCCGCUAUGCCGCGUACCAGGCAAAGACGCCUCGAACGGUCCCUGUGACGACGAUUGCGCGCAAGGCCUUCCCUCAGUCCGAUGCAUGGCUUGUCCAACAGCUCAACGGUCUGAACCCCAACAUUCUGAAGCAAGAGACGUCUGACUCGGCGGAGAAGUCGUCGGGCUCGGAGAACGCUCCAAAGACCCUGACCUGGCGCUCACGCGAGGUGAAGAUUGAAGAUGCGGCCAUCUCGCUGGCGUGGGGUCAGGUGCAGGAGGCCAAGGCAGACCUCUCUGAACAGUUGGCUGCCCUUUCUGGAUCCGACCCGAAGACGGCGGCCGGUGCCUAUGAUGAUAUCCUUACGGCGACGCAAGAUGCUGUCGACGCAACGAAGGAGGCGAUCGACGAGCUGCGUGGGGAGGGCGUUGCCCAGAGCGACCCCCGCAUGCAGAGCCUGCAGAUUACCAGGACGGCCGUCAACUACGAGAUGAUCAGCUGGCGGAUCGGACGCAACCGUGUUCUGACUGGUGAGCAUGACGGUGCCGAGGAGAACUACCAGCCUUUGUCGCGCAAGAAGUCGAGGAAGGAAACGGCAGAGAUUCGAAAGCGCAAGGUAGACCCGCCGAGUCGCAAGAUCGCCAAGCUCCGCGAGCUCGUGGCUCUGUACGAGGGCAUCCUGCAGAGCGUGCAAUCUGUUCGGGAACUGCCUGGUGUGGCGGCCGAUGAAUCGCUGGCCCACCAGCUGGAUGCAACGACCCAGUACUUUGGAGCUCUCAAGGCCCUCACGAUCGCUCGCUCGCACAACAUCGUUGGCAACCCCGUCAAUGCUCUCGCGCUGAUCAACCACGCACGCGACGAGGCGCAGGCCGCGGCGCCCGCCCUUGCCAAGGUGCCCCAGCCUUCCGCCGGCUCCCCUCGUAACAUCCAACCUGUUGCCGAGGACGCCGAGUACCUCGAGGAUUUCCUCGACGGCGAGCUGCAGCGCCAGCGCGCCCUCGUCCACAUCUUCCACCUCCAGAAGGAGGCGGCGAAGGCUCAGGAAGCCGACGGGCGGGCGCCUCCGCUCAUCGAGCGCCUGCACCAGUACCCCGUCGGCGGCGUCGACCUCACCAACAUUGUCGAGAUCCCGCCGCAGGUCGCGCCCGUGCCCGUCAAGCCCAUCUUCCUCGACAUCGCCUGGAACUACAUCGACUACCCUCGCGAGGGCGGCGCCGCCCCCGAGUCGAAGCCCCAGGAGAAGGCAGCUGCUGAGGACAAAACGGCGCCGCCCGCACAAAAGAAGGGCUGGUUCGGCUUUGGAAGUGCAGUGCUCAUGUUCCACAACCUGCGACAUGUAUCCUUGUUGCCCACGGGCAAGACGGUGCUCUCCAAAGCGACCAAGCCAUUGUUAUUUCACGGACAUAAAAAGGUCCUUCAACCACCCGUCAUCCGUCUCCCAUUCUCCCCACCUCAAGCCCACAAGCUCGAAGGUCGAGAGGUCCCGACCGCGACAGGCGGCAGUAGAGGAACGAGGUGA